UUUGCGCGGCGCUGGCGUCGCCGGCCUCUCCCGGGAGGGGGCCGCGCGGGGCGCGCGGAAAGAGGCGCUGGCAACAUGGAUUCCCAAGCCGCGUCUCUGCCUGCAGUUUUGCGCGUUUAGGAGACUGCGGGAAAGUGGGCCCUCAUGUCAUGAUGGCAGAGGAUGAACCUGAUGCCAAGAGCCCCAAGACCGGGGGGAGGGCCCCCCCAAGUAAUGCUGAGGCCGGGGAACCUACCACCCUUCUUCAGAGACUCCGAGGAACCAUCUCCAAGGCCGUGCAGAACAAAGUAGAGGGCAUCCUGCAAGAUGUACAGAAAUUCUCAGACAAUGACAAGCUGUAUCUCUACCUUCAGCUGCCCUCAGGGCCCAGUACUGGAGACAAAAGCUCUGAGCCAAGCAUGCUCAGCAAUGAGGAGUACAUGUAUGCAUACCGCUGGAUCCGCAACCACCUGGAGGAGCACACCGAUACCUGCCUGCCCAAACAGAGUGUUUAUGAUGCCUACCGGAAAUAUUGUGAAAGCCUGGCCUGUUGCCGCCCACUCAGCACGGCCAACUUUGGCAAAAUCAUCAGAGAAAUCUUCCCUGACAUUAAGGCUCGAAGGCUCGGCGGCCGGGGCCAGUCCAAAUACUGUUACAGUGGCAUACGGAGGAAGACCUUGGUGUCAAUGCCGCCUUUGCCCGGACUUGAUCUUAAGGGUUCUGAGAGUCCAGAAAUGGGCCCUGAGGUGACACCUGCACCCCGGGAUGAACUGGUAGAGGCAGCCUGUGCCCUGACGUGUGACUGGGCUGAGCGGAUCCUCAAGCGCUCCUUCAGCUCCAUUGUGGAGGUGGCCCGCUUCCUGCUGCAGCAGCACCUCAUCUCCGCGCGGUCCACACAUGCCCAUGUGCUCAAGGCCAUGGGGCUCACUGAAGAAGAUGAGCAGGCCCCACGGGAACGGUCCUCCAAGUCUAAGAAUGGCACGGAGCACCAGGAGGGGGCCACCCAGAAGAAGCCAGAGCGGUCAGCACAGCCUGCUAAGGAGCUGGAGCCCCGGGCUGGCACUGGCACCCCCAUGCGGGGCGAGCGGAAGAAGAGUGUUGUGGAGAGCCAGGCCCCUGCAGCAACUAACCCGCAGGUCAAUGCCCUGGUGGCCCGGUUACCUCCGCUCUUGCCCAGGGUCCCCCGCUCCAUUAUCUCGCCGAUCACAGUCUCUCCACCCAUCCUGGCCCCCAAGUUGUCGCCAGGCUCUCUGAAAGUGGCCACACUACCUCUUCCCAGUAGAGCGGGGGGACCCCAGGCGCCUAUGCCCAUCAUUAACAUGAUCUUGCCCACUGUCCCUGCACUGUCUGGGCCAGGGCCUGGGCCUUGGCGGGUUCCCCCUGGAGGGCUCACCCAGCCCCAGAGCACAGAGAGCAAGGAGGUGGACGUAGCUGGUGACCCAAGGUUCCAUGACAAGGGUGUCAAAAGGACAGCUGAAGUGCUUGUGAGUGAGGCCAGUGCGCAGGACCCACCAGCCAAAACAGCAAAGCAGGAUAGUGAAGAGACGGGGGGUGACACUAGGAGGAAACGGGGUCGCCCUCGGAAAAAAUCAGGCGGAAGUAGAGAAAGGAAUUCUACCCCUGACAAGCUUGCCACAGACUCAGCCCCCUCCCCACGCUUGCCACAGGAGGUCUGGGUCUCUUCAGGUGACAGCUGCCCUAGUGGGGGCAUCACCAGGCCAGGACCAGUGAGGGAGCCUGAGAAGAGGGUACUGCUUACCCCAGGUCAGGAAGAUGGUGCUGUCUCCAAGGGGGGGCGGGUCCUCAGCUCCCGCCAUGCCAAAGAAGCAGAAGGGAAAAUGCUUCUUGUUGCUCCAAAAGUGAGUGUCAUCAAGGGCAGCAGCAGGAGCCACAAGGAGACUCUCCCACUGCCCACCAGAGAGGCAAACACAACAGCGCAGGGUAAUAAAGACUUAAAGGGACACAUGCUUCAAGCUUCUUUAUCCCAGGAGCGGAAAGACCCCAAAGCAGCACCCCCAUAAGUACCCCACAAGGACGCAUUUCUCCCCGCGUGCUCACUCUACCUGCCAGCCUGUCGGAGGCCCUGCUCUGCACCUGCUUCUUACCCGGCUCCUCUUCUCCCACGCGGUCGUGCUCUCCUCCCACAGACUGCAGAGGCCCCCAGCUUACACAGUGCCUGCUCCCUGCAUCUCCCCUUUCCAGCUCUCUAACCUCAACUUUAGAGUCACUAAUAAAUCUGCAGUGACCUCACCUGGAGCCCUGUGCUGUCCUGUGGGAAGACAGGGAUGGAAGAGGCGUGAGGCCUAUAGAGGUAGGAGUCUGGGUUUGGAAUUCACACAGUACACUGGACUCGGACUGGGAAGGGAAACAGGCUCAUGUGCCUUGGGGGCGGCAGGGUCGGGGGAUUCCCAAGGCAGUGCUUCCUCCAGCUAGAGCUAGUGGCGAGUCCCUCCUUACCUCCUGUGAGAGCAUCUGCUCAUACUUCCAGGGUACACGUUUUCCCAUUCACAUCCAGCCAGAGACAGAUCUUUGUGGCAGGAUUUUAAGGUUCCCUCCAACUAGAUAAGCCUGGUUUACAAGUUCACUGCUAACCAAGUGCUGUGGCCAGAAGGUGGCUGGAUGCUGGUCGGCUUAUUCACCAUCAUCAGGAGCACCUCUGAGGAGAGGGAGGGACCCACCGCUGCCUGGAGGCAGUGAUAGCUGGCUACUGAGUGUACCAAAGGUGGCUUGAGGUAGCUAGGUUGAGGUCAACUGUGCCUGCUUCCUCUUCCCUCGGCCUUGCUUUGCCCUGACUGCAGCUGUAGCCCCUUUCCAUUUGUCCUAUUUCAAGGAAGGAGUGGGGAGUCACUCUUCUUUAAGGACUUCCUCUUUUCAUCUCACUUAAACCACAUCUGAAAGAGCCUUUUCCAUGGCUGACCUUGACUCUUCUCUUUCUGCCUCCCUCCCGUCCUCUGCUUUAGCAGAUUAAAUUCAUUCUGCAUCCACCAGGUGUCAGUCUCUUGUCACACCUGUUAGGUGGUAGGGUUCAGUACAGUUACAUGGAAGGAAAGCAGUAGCUCCAUACACAGGCCAACAGGUGCCAGGGGGAAGGGACUUUAUAGACUCCCGCGUGGCCUUGGGGAACACAGUCCACAGACUGUUACUGGGGAUCACCUUCGUCUCCUGCAUAGGGUAGCUUCUGUAGAGGAUCCCCAGAAAUCCAGAUUUUCUUUCAGAAAGACUUCAUUUAUUUCCAGCACAGAGGACCUAAUGUAAUAUUUGAUAUCUAUAAAGGAUAUAUUUAACAUGAAUAAAUUAUAAUGUGUAAUGAUUAAAUGAGUACCAGUGAACUAUCACAACUUACACAUUAAAACAUUAGAAAUACUA